AUGACAAUGCCGUUCAGUCCCCUCUCCAGUGACGAGGAGCAGCAAAGGAUGCUGGGACACAAUCGACAUCUCUAUCCAGGGGCAGAGGACGAGGAAGAGGAGGAAGAAGAGGAAGAGGAGGAAAUGGAGGAGGACGGCCGAGAUGAGGAGGGAGAGGAAGAGGACAACGGAGAACUGGAGGGAGAGGAGGAAGACGAGGAGGAGGAGGAAGAGGUGGAGGAAGUGCGGCGAGGGGGCCUGUCACGAGGAGGCAGGGAUGAAGGGCACCGGCAAUCAGGCAAAAUCACUGGACGGCCUAUGGGAGACAGACAGAUUCGGCCCGGGAAUCCUGGGCACACCACAAACCCCUAUUCGUCCAACCACGGACUGACACACCAACAGCCAACCAAUCAAAUGCAGCAGCAGCAGCAGAGGAGGCUUAAGGAACGCAGCAGCAGCUCUGCGCCAUCUGAGGAUGCCCACAUCGCCAUGAUGGUGUUCCGCAUCGGCAUCCCAGACAUCAAGCAAACGAAAUGUCUGCGUUUCAACCCGGACGCCACUGUGUGGAAGGCCAAGCAGCAAGUGCUGUGCUCUCUGACAGAAUCACUAAGAGAUGUGCUGAACUAUGGCCUGUUCCAACCCGCCACCGACGGCCAUGACGCAAAAUUCCUAGAGGAGGAGAGGUUGCUCCGAGAGUAUCCACAAUCCUUUGAGAAAGGGGUACCAUAUUUGGAGUUUCGAUACAAGACCAGGGUGUACAAGCAGACCAAUCUUGAUGAGAAGCAGCUAGCCAAACUGCACACUAAGGCCAGCCUGAAGAAGUUUAUGGACUAUAUCCAAACCAGCUCUGUAGACAAGAUGGCCAAGUUCUUAGACAAGGGACUUGAUCCCAAUUAUCAGGACUCUGACACUGGAGAGACUCCACUGUCCCUGGCUGUGCAAUGUGAGCCAGGGGGAGGGGAGGCCAUCAGGGUCCUGGUGGAGGGAGGGGCACAUAUUGACUUUCGGGCCAAGGACGGACUCACACCGCUGCACAAGGCCGUCCGCAGCCAUGGCCAUACAUCCCUACUGGCCCUGCUGUCUCUGGGUGCAUCUCCGGACUAUAAGGAUCGGCGUGGGCUGACGCCACUAUACCACACUGUGCUGACAGGAGGCGACACCUCCUGCUGUGAGACGCUACUCUUCCACCGGGCCAAACUGGGUAUCAGGGAUGAGAACGGCUGGGAUGAGACACACCAGGCGUGUCAGAACGGUAACUCCCAGCACUUGGAGCACCUUCUCUUCUACGGGGCCGACUCUUCCUCUCAGAAUGCCUCUGGAAACACUGCCUUGCACAUCUGUGCUUUAUACAACAAGGAAAGCUGUGCACGAAUUCUGUUGUACAGGGGAGCCAACAAAGACACAAAGAACAACAGUGGACAGACCCCCUUUCAGGUGGCGGUAAUGUCUGGCCAUUUUGAACUGGGGGAAAUUAUCAAAAAUCAUCGGGAUACAGAUGUGGUGCCCUUUUUAGAGUCCCCAAAGUACGCCCCCCAGAGGCGGGAGAGUGCACGGACCCUGGCGCUACCCCACCCACACCCCUUUUUGCGGGCCAACAGCGAUAAUAGUAUGAACCUGCCUGACUGGAUGGCAGUGCCCAAUGCCCCGGGUUCCAACAUCGUCUCUGUGCAGGGCUAUAAGCACACGGGUACACUACGGAGCUCCAGUAGUCCCCGAGGAGCCAGGACUCGCUCUCCUUCCAGAGGGAGAGUCGGUGACAAGGAGGACAGGAGUCGGCAGAGUCGAAGGCAGGGGCCUGUAGUUUUGGGCACUGCUGGAUCAGCCGGCGGCCAACGGAGACGUCUCUACAGUGCUGUGCCAGGACGUGUAUUCGUGGCUACACGUGCACAUUCUGCACAGGGUGACCGAGAAAUCAGCUUUAACAAGGGAGACAGGGUCAAAGUGCUGAGUGUGGGUGAGGGUGGGUUCUGGGAGGGAACCGUGAGGGGACGGACCGGCUGGUUCCCCUCCGACUGCGUUGAGGAAGUGGCGCAUCGCAGCCAAGACAGCCGCUCAGAGAGCCGUGGAGAGAGAGCCAAGAGGUUAUUCCGCCAUUACACUGUGGGAUCCUACGACAGCUUUGACGCACCCAGUGACUACAUAAUCAAGGAGAAGACGGUGCUUCUGCAGAAGAAGGACAGUGAGGGGUUUGGUUUUGUGCUGAGAGGAGCCAAGGCCCAGACUCCCAUCGAGGAGUUUACUCCCACCCCGGCAUUCCCAGCCCUGCAGUACUUAGAGUCUGUGGACGAGGGAGGUGUGGCCUGGAGAGCCGGUCUGAGGAUGGGGGACUUCCUGAUAGAGGUGAAUGGUCAGAAUGUGGUCAAAGUGGGGCACAGACAGGUGGUCAACAUGAUAAGGCAAGGUGGCAACAGCCUCAUGGUCAAGGUUGUCAUGGUAACCCGCAACCCUGACAUGGAGGAGGGCGCCAGGAAGAAAAUUCCCCAGCAGAGCAAGAAGCUGAGCACACCGGCUAUCGCCCUGCGCUCCAAAUCCAUGACUUCUGAGCUCGAGGAGAUGGUGGAGAGAGCUGCCACCCCUUGGAAAAAAAAAACAGACUUCGAGUCUUCACAGGUGACCGAGAAGAAGAGGACGGUCUAUCAGAUGGCUUUGAAUAAACUUGAUGAAAUUCUGGCUGCAGCUCAACAGACAAUCAGCACCAAUGAGGGGCCAGGGACACGGGGUCAGGGAGCAAAAAGAGACAGGGGCCGAAGUUUUUACGGCAACGAGCAACCAAAUUAUGACCAGUCAGGGAUGGGGAUGAUGUCGACGGGGUCGGGGCUUGGGGGCUACGACCGGGGCCAGUACGCCCCGGGACACGCCCCACCGCACGGUAUGCUGCGGCAGAAAUCCAUCGGUGUGCCUGAGGAGGAGAAGCAGUUCCUGCACCCUCCGGCCAUGAAGUUCACCCGGAGUCUGUCUGUGCCGGGCCCAGAUGACAUCCCACCUCCUCCCACCACAGCUCCGCCUGACCCUCCAUUCUCCUCUGCCCCGCCGCUGGGUUGGAGAGGCAAGUCGUCUCAGCAGCCCUCUGUCUCCGUGUCCCCGUCCACCUCCACCUCCGCACACUACCAGCUUUACUCCCAGGCCGUGCACUUCACCCAUGGAGGCAGGGAGAGGGCAGGGGCUCCCAGCGCUGGCCCUGGUGGGGGAGGAGGUGAACACGGUCCCCAGUAUGUUCAUGCUGUUGCCCACUCUGCUCAAAGUAGGACUGCUUCCAGAAAGGUGGGCUACCCUGCGGAGCCCGUUGGAGCUGGCGCAGGGGCAGGUGGAGGGGCCAAGGGGGCAGGUCUGAGGAGAGGCUACAGCACCGCUGUCCCCCCCUCCAGCAUUGCCACAGUAAUCCCCCAGCAACAACAGACUACCCAGAGCCAAGCCCAGCGGGUAGACCGCAGCCCUGCCGCAGCAGGGCCUCCCAAAGCAGGGGCCCGAAGGGGUAAGGGCCCCUUGGUGAAGCAGUCCAAGGUGGAGGAUCUGCGUGCAGGACAGGGGACACUUGGGGGCAAGGGAUCUGUGGAAAAAAGCUCCAUUCCCAUCCCCACCAUCAUUGUAAAGGCUCCUUCCACCAGCAGCAGUGGUCGCAGCAGCCAGGGCAGCAGCGUGGAGGCUGACCCUCCUCCAUCAGGGGAUAUAGAUGGAAACAAAACUCCCCAUGGACCUCCUCCAUCCACUCCGGCACCACAACCGCCUGCUCCACCUUCUAUCCCAGCUCCCCCACCCCCAACCCUGCCUUCUGUCCGAGCACAGGAUGGCCUAGAUUUUACCAGCCAGUUUGGGGCUGCCAUUGUAGGCGCGGCCCGACGAGAUCGAGAGCGCUUCCAUGAAGCGCGGAAAAAGAGUGCUUCCUUUUUCAUGUCUGCCGAGGAAGAGGUGGCUCUCGGGGAGGGCAGGGGGCUGAGUGGUGGAGCUGGAGGGGGAGCGGCACGGACUCAGGUCUCACAGCAACAGCUCAGCACCCAGCCUGAAAGUUUGUCCACACGACUACGGCCGUCCAAGUCUAUUGAUGAAGGCAUGUUCUCUGGGGACACCUUCAUCCACCACACCCGCAGUAUGCCUCCAGCCUUUGGCCUUCCGGAGUACUCAACCCCAACCCAAGACUAUCAACCCAAGUCCGUGCCGGCUGACUUUUAUGGAGCAGCAGGGAGGCAGCAGGCCCCCUCCACUAUGACCACCACCUUCAUCCACCCUUUGACAGGGAAAGUGUUGGACCCUUCAUCCCCGCUAGGCCUGGCCCUGGCUGCCCGGGAACGAGCAUUGAAGGAUGACGGCAGGCUGAGGAGGGGCGCAGAACACCACUUUGGCCGUCAGAUGUCAAGCGUAGGAGUCUUCCCUUCUGCUACUGUCACCUCCCAGCCUGUGUCUUCCUCUGCUCAGUCCUCCAGCUCCUCCUAUCUGGUCACUUCCUCUUCUCUGGCUGCCACCACACCUAGUGUUGGCCGCCCGCCCUCACCAAGGAUCUUCCGAGGCACUGGGAGUGCUUGGGGAGAGGAUGGUGCCGGGGGUGAGCGCGAGCGGGAGGGCGGAGGUGCCAGAGAGGGGCUGAGAGUACGCUUCUCUGAGGAUAAAACAGUCCACACGCACCACUACCAGUCCCAGGCGUAUCAGCCGCCCAACUACAAGGAGAGGGAGCGAGAGAGGGAGAGGUCAAGAGAGAGGGAAAGGGAGUUGUCGAGAGAAAGGGAGCGCGAUAAAGAGAGAGAGGGUUAUAUGAGGAGGGUGGAGCAGGCAGCUGCUGCCGCCGCCGCCAGUGUAAGUGCCCAGCAGGCAACCCAAACUUCCCAGUCCCAGCAGCCUCGGCGGCCUUCCUUUCUCAGGAUGGAGAGUGAGGCCGGCGCCUACAUGCUGUCCCUCACCCCUCCCUCUCCUCCGUCCACGAGCACCCAGCAGACGGGAGGCACAACAGGGAGCAGCAGUACAGGGCUAAUGGUCCUCCCUCCCCCUGCCCCCUCAGUCGAUGCCGACGAUGAGUUUGUCUUUGCAGACCCCCUUCCGCCUCCCCUGGAGUUCGCUAACAGUUUUGAUAGGGGCAUUGGAGGGGGGUCGGGCUACUCGCAGCACGGGCUGAUAGCCAACAACAUGGCCUCUCGUGAGCAGCAGCCCCCUCCUCCACCUCCCCCACCCCCGCCCCCACCCCCACCACCUCCCUCAACUCAAAGAGAACCUUUUAUGGCUGGGUUCCCAGCCCACACGCCACUGCCCUCACCACAGGCUGGGGAUUCCACCACCUCCAGCCUCACAUCCUAUGACAGUGAGGUGGCCAACUUGACACAGUCAGCCCCCUCGCCGUCCCAGAGCUCCCCCAACCCUCAGCCUCCCCCAUCCCCCUCCAAUCUCCAACCCACCUCAGUCACUGGCCCCCCACCUCCCCCAUCAGUCACUCCUCCGCCUCCGCCAGGCUCCUACCACCGACCUUUCUCAGUGUCCCAACCCCAUCAUCUGUAUAACAGCACCCACACACCUGGGCGUUCCUCCCCAACGCCUCCCCCUCACACUGUUGCACCCCCGCUGGCCUAUCGUGGUGUGCUUACCCCCUCAUCAACCGCUGCCACCUCUGGUGCCCUCAGGGGACACGCCUCUCUCUCCACGACCUCUAGCUGUGCUAACACAACCUCCGCUACCGCCUCUGUUACCACGAGCACCUCCGGCCAUUUUCACCGGGAGCGCACCCAUACCGCCUCGUCUCCCACUGUGACCACAGGCGGCCGCAGAGCAGUGGAGCAACACCCUCCCCCAAACACCAAGACAGGAGAUUCCCAAGAGACGGUGGUGGACUCUGGGAUUGAGGAGCUGGACAGCCGCAGCAGCAGUGACCACCACCUGGACAGCAUCCUCGUGCUGAGCGGAGCUGGAGUCAGGGUGGAGAGGCUGGACAGGAGGGAGAGAGGGGGUGGGGAGGCAGAGAGGGGAAGCGGAGGAGAUUUUUUGGAGUCCUACAUGAGCUACUUGGAUGGACAGACCUUUGAGAUGCAGAACGCCACAGCAGCAGCAGUGGCCUCUACCUACCCCAAAGUCAACCGGUUCAGGGAAGGAGGCCGUGUCGGAGAUCUGCGCAGACAGACCAGCACCGCCCCAGCCUCCUUCCACUCUCACAGACAGCGGGAGGGGCAGGAAGAAGACGAGGGAGAGGAGGGAGAGGGGGAUGACGACGGCAGACAAGACAGUUAUGGGGUGAGGGAUGCGUCGAAUUUGGGGCGCCCUGCCUCGCCGUACUUCGACCGCCCACGCACACCUGAGAUGAAGCCUCUGUGGGGUGAGGGGCAGAUGACCGGUGAAGGAGGUGGCCAUGCUGGGACAUUUCUGGAAGGGAGGAAGAUCUAUCCCCCUGCUUCCAGUAUGAAGCCCAGCAUUAUCAGUGAGCUGAGCAGCAAACUACAGCAAAGAGGCAAAGAUAGCUGGAGCACCCACAGACCGCUGAGCAGACACAGACAUCAGUUUUCAGAAGACUCUGCAUCCGCCCUCAGCCCCCCUUCUGCUCGCUCCCUGUCCCCCUCCCCAAUCUCACUCUCCCAGCCAGCGCUGUCCCCGUCCCCAAGCCCUUCCUCGCAGUACCCCAAUUGGGGCCGCUCUCCAUCGCCACAGCCGCCAGCCGCCACCCAGUCACCGCGUUCACAUUCCCCUAUAUCCCCCACAACUUACUCGCCCUACCCCACCUCCCCCAAACACAGGCCUGUCUACCGGACCAAAGCCCUGGAGUUCCAGUUCAUCCCCAGCCGGGAGUCCAGGAAGGCAGACUCCCAUAUUCUGCAGCGACGGCGAGCCCCUAGCCCCCUCAUUUCUCCUUCAGAAAGGCCCAAGCUGGGGCCCCCGCGGCCCUCCUCCCUUCCACUCCUCCCGACCACACCUUUAUACAGUGCCAUCUAUGACCUCCGUGGUUCCAUUACCCCUCCCUCUCCUGCAAACCCCCUGGGGGACCCCUACUUCUCCCCCUCACCGCCUCUUUUUGCCCCCUCGGGUGCCCCUCCUCCCCCCAACUCCACCCUGGUGGUCUCACGCUCCCUCUCUCCAACUCACUUCCUGUCAGGGACCUCCUCCCCACCCCUCCACCCUAUCCCUCCUCCCCCCUGUCUCAGCUACCCCCAUCUCCCACCCCCGUCUCCCACCAAGCCCUUUGCCUCCAAGCCCCUGCCCUACUGGACCAAGUACGAUGUGGCUGAUUGGCUGGGCUACUUGAACCUGGGCGAGCACAGGGAGCGUUUCCUUGACAAUGAGAUAGAUGGCACACACCUGCCCUCCCUCACCAAGGAGGACUACCUGGACUUAGGGGUGACGCGCGUGGGCCACCGUAUGAAUAUUGAGCGAGCCCUAAGGCGGGUGAUGGACAGGCUCUCCAGCAGCCCAUUUCCUAUCUCUGUUCUCUCACCUCGGAAUGGACGGACUGAGAGAAGAAGGGAUGAUGGGAGUCGGAGCUGA